AUGGAUCCCAACUGCUCCUGCGCCGGUGCCUGCAAGUGCAAAGAGUGCCGAUGCACCGCCUGCAAGAAGAGCUGCUGCACCUGCUGCCCUGCUGGCUGUGCCAAGUGCGCCCAGGGCUGUGACUGCAAAGAGGCUUCUGACAAGUGCAGCUGCUGCGCCUGA